AUGAUUUCUUUUGUCAUAUUCACUAAAAAUUUAUUCUUUAUUAUUCUUUUUUGUACACCACUUUUAAAUGGAACCAAUUUUGUUUAUCCAAAUGCACCUAUCGAAUUGAUAGAAAGUGCCAGAAAUCUUGGUAGUAGUCAACGAUUUUCUUUGGAAAAUUUUGUUAAACAAAAAAAUAUUGCUCCUAAUUCAGAGGAGGAAUCAAAUGUUAUAAGUCAAUUUUUUAAUAAAUGUCAUGAGUAUAGUCAGAAGAUUGGUUAUGAUGAGGAGUAUAUUAAAUUUUUGAAAUCUGUUGCUACCUCUGAAAUUGAUGAUCAUCCAUCUUCAGAGAGUCAUUAUCGUCACUCUAAGACAUUAGAUCUUAUGAGUUUAGAUGAUGCAACUAUUAGUUUCUUGACAACACCUAUUGAAGGAAUGAAAAAAAUACUUCAACGACAAUGUUUAAUAAAUGAAAUUGACUUUCAAUGUGUUGAUAGUUUCUUUAAUAGUAAUAAACAUAUAACAUCAGAGAAGAUAGAUGUUAUUAGAAAUAGUGGUGGUUUUGCUAAAUUGAUGCUUGAUGAGGAAUGUCCAAAUAAUGGGGAUGAUUUGACUGAUUAUCAUUGUAUUGGAAUGAAUGCAAAAGAAUAUGGUAGACAAUGUGUAACAUCAUUGAAAAUAUAUAAUAUGACAAAAUAUGAUGUUGAUCAUAAAAUAUUAAAUUUGUUUGCAACAACAAUUACUGAAAUUGAUAGAUAUAAUAGUAUUCUUGAGAAGUCAAAUGAAUUAGAUGAACGUAUUAAAAUAAAACGUGAAAUAGAAAUUUUAUUAACAUCAACAAUGAAGACAAUCUCAACAUUAGAAGGAUCAAAAUGCCGUAUGUUUAUUCAAUUAGGUAAAUGUCUUAGAAGUUCUGUAAUCGAUAUCUGUGGUCGAGAGGCAGGUAGAAAAUUUCAGACAAUGGUUCAAAUUGGAUACCUCAGAAGAGAACGUUUUAAUGAUAUUAAUGAUGCUUUCCAAGCAUUAAAUAUGGAACCACAUCGAUCAUGUGGUACUUUGUAUUAA